AUGGAUUCCUACGAUCAUUUACCGAACAUUAACCCACAGCAACAAGCCGUAUACUCAGAAGGCAGUUCCGCGCUUGGUAAUUCGGGCUUAAUCCAACAGUCAUCUCCACAUGGAGUAGGAAAUUACGGGGCACAACAACAACUGGCAACUGGAAAUAACGUCAUAGGGCAAUACCUUUACCAAGAUAGACAAGGCCUACAAUCCGUAACCGGCGCAUCAAUACCUCCACUAUCGUCUUUUGAGAAGGUCGUAUUUAAUACAGCUGGAUUGAAUCCAGGUUUGGGAGCUCUGACUUCACAGAGUGCUGGCAACAACAUAGGAAUAGAUCUAUUUCAGCAAGGCAUGCAACGAAUGCCACAAAAUGUUAGUCGUAUGGGCAAUCCCAGAUCGCAAAUAGCUUCAUUACAACAGCAGGCGCAGCCACAACAAUUAAACCAACAAAAACUCUUCCAAUCCCAGUCAUCACGCCAACAACUCACACAACAGCAAAUGAUUAAUCUUGCACAACAACGUCUACGUGCACGUUCGGGUCAUAAACGUCAUCACAGUGGUGCACCAGUCAACCAAUCUCUCCAUCACCGCCAUAAUCACUCUUCUCAUGAUUCUCAAUCUCGAUCUUCAAUUUCUAAACCUUAUGAGCCCGCACCUGAUCUUACUCCUGUUCAGAAACAAUAUUUAGAUCAAUAUGUGCGCAGAGAUUUAUUAUAUCAAAAAGCGCUUGAUCUUCAGCAUAAGAGACAUUUUGCAUUGAGAAGCGAGAAAUGGAAAGAAAUGGAAAUUGCCCACGCCGAACUUAGACAACCUAGGAAUUAUGUUGCUAUUUUUGGUGAGGGUUAUAAUGGAUAUGGCAACGGUAUGACAGGAACCAGGUUCAGGAUUCUUUAUCCACACGAGAGAAAGCGACCAAGAAGGACCCGUGAGUUUAGAUUUACGCUUGAUCAAAUGAGCGAUUUAGCCCAAAAGGACGUUGCCCUUGUUCCGAUACGAUUGGAGAUUGAUUCGGAUGGACAUAAAUUGCGUGAUACCUUCACAUGGAAUCUAUAUGAAAGUCUAAUAAGUCCAGAACACUUUGCGGAGAUACUCUGCGACGAUAUGCAUUUUCCGCCGGCUUCAUUUGUGCACCAAAUAGCUAAGCAAAUGCGAGACCAAUUACAAGGAUACUAUUUGCAUCCUGCAACCGCGCCGCAAUCAACGGCUGGAAAAGGAACUGAUCUACUUUCCGGAAUACCCAAUAUGGAUUUGUCGGCUAUUGUAAAAAGUGAGCAGAUGGACGUUGACUUACAGUCAAGUAACGCUGCAGAGGAAGGCGCUGAUGAAUGCUUACUUGAGGAACUGAGAAUACUAAUUAAGAUUGACAUAACCGUCGGAAAUAUAUCACUUGUUGACCAGUUUGAAUGGGACAUUAACAAUCAGAAGAACGAUCCUGAGUUAUUUGCUGAAAUUCUUACCACCGAACUGGGGCUAAGCGGUGAAUUCAAAACGGCAAUCGCUCAUUCCAUACGAGAGCAAGUACAAAUAUACGUUAAAUCGCUAAUACUGGUCGCACAUCCGUUUGACGGUACACCAGUCAUUGACGACGACCUGAAACAGAGUUUCUUGCCGCCUGUGACGAAUAUAGUACGGAAGGAAGAUUCUGUCGAUGCGCACACACCAGUGCUAGUAGAAUUGACAGAAGCUGAAAUAGACAAGAUAGAGAAAGAUAGAGAAAGAGAUGCCAGACGGAAACGACGGCAGACCCGUGGCAGACGCGGCGUAAUUCUUCCUGACCGCGAACCACCAAAAUGCCAUCGCACCCUCAUACACAAUCUUACCUACGCCCCUGAUCCAGCCGACGAAACCAACAUUAUUGCAGUCACUGCCACCGGGUUUCCUCCAGUUUUACGUAAACUCAGCUCAUUAGGUUAUGAUAACUAUUCAGCAAUUGCUGAUAAGAGCGCAACGCCCUCUUCUGGAAGACAACGCGCACGAGGUCGUCCGGGGACAUCUGCCACAAUUUUACGCGGUGCCACAGCAAUGCAAGCGACAGGUUCUAUGGAUUCUGACUCGGGUCGUCCAGGGUCUGCGGGGCCAAGUACUCCCUCGCGUGAUUCAAGAGAGGUAGUGAAGAAGCGUCGAGUUGAGUCAGGGCCACCCAGCAAAGAAUUAGAGGAGUGGGCAUGUGACGGCUGUGGCACAAAAUUACCUUCUUCACGAAAAGGGCUUGGUAUUGAUAAGAAUUUAUGUAAUGCCUGCGAUGCUCCUGACGAAAGCCCAACCCCCGCGAUAUCAUCACCAGGUGUCUCACCUAGUAAUAACAACACAAGUUCUGCGCCUACCCAACCUCGAUCUUCGGCUAGUCUUACUACACCGAAGCCAGCGUCGGCGACUAAACUCGCAGAAACGCCAAAAAUCAGCGUUAAACAGAAGGAGAGACCACCCAGAAGCGAUCAAAAGAAAAUUAAAUCAAAUGCUGGUAAACAAAACAAAUCGGAAGCGAGCAAAAAGUCUGCUAAAGCUGGAGUCUCAGCAUCUCCGAGAAUAACAAUCACAGCGCCAAAGGAGGCAGCAUCAUCUACGUCAAAGAAGAAUUCUAAUAAUGUACAGGAUGCAAAUUCUGCUGAUAAUCAUUCGGCGACUGCACCGCCAUCCGCACCGCCAUCCGCACAACCCUCCGCACCACCCUCCGCACAACCCUCUGCACAAACCUCAGCACAACCCUCCGCACAACCCUCCGCACAACCCUCCGCACAACCCUCCGCACAACCCUCCGCACCCGCAUCCGUGUCCGCAUCUACUACCACACAGUCUUCGUCAACUUCGUCGGCGUCAACAAACAGCAUGAAACAAGUUGUGCUUCCUGAUUGGAUUAUCAAAGAACGUGACUUGUUGCAGACGCGGUAUCCAAAUGAUCGCUUUGAGAUAAUAGAACGCCGAAAUGAGCUUUGCAUACGCUGUUAUGAUUGUCCGGGGAAGUUAUAUCGUACGGGACCAGAUUUUACUUUGAAUAAUUUAAAAAUACAUCUGCGGAAUAAGGAUCAUAGGAAUAAUGUUGAAAAACGUCUUAACAGUGAUGGGGUGUCUUUCACGUCAUCAGCCUUCGAUAGUGUACAUUAUGUCUUAAUGAGCGAAGACGUGUUUGACCGUUUUGAGAGAACAAUUGGAAGCGACAUAAAGGAAGAUUAA